CUUCAUUUUCCAUCCUUUGGAAGUACUUAUUCUCUUUGCAUAACAUAUUUCAGCUGAUUUGGCUGUGGCAACUAUCUUGUGCUUCUCAGGAGAUAGCAAUGUCAUAAUACAAGGGGCUCUCCAUCAUUCUUCUUUCACCAAUUAAGAAGAUCAAGCUGAUGAUGAUCUUCAACUGCAACACCAAACUAGUGAGAUUAUGAUCAUGAAGAAGUUCAUAACUAGCUCAUGAUCAUGAAUUCAAAGGGAAAAAUUUCAGAAACAAAGCAAGAAGGAGAGGAUGGCGCAAAGUACUCCAGGACUAAUACAAAUGCAUCUUCUUCUACAACUUCAUCUUCUAGACAAUGGGGAGGCUUCCGGAAUCCAAGAAUAGUUCGGGUUUCGCGCACGUUUGGAGGGAAAGAUAGGCAUAGCAAGGUGUGCACAGUUAGGGGAUUGAGAGACAGGAGGAUUAGGCUUUCAGUUCCAACAGCAAUUCAACUGUAUGAUCUUCAAGAUAGGCUUGGGCUCAGUCAACCAAGCAAGGUCGUAGAUUGGUUGCUUGAUGCUACCAAAACCGACAUAGACAAACUUCCACCUCUCCAAAUCCCUCCAGGAAUUGGAAACUUCUCCCCUUUCCACCAGGCAAUGGCACUGGCUGCUCAGCCAAGUCACCUCCCUUCUUUCUUCAGUAAUGAUCAAACAUUGUUGAUGGAUAGAUCAAAGUAUCACUGGGAUCCGGAUGCAUCACCCUCAUCAGAUCGAAAAGAAGCCGAAUUAAGAGAAGCUCAUGCUCAUCAUCAUGCUGUUGGUGGUGGAAAGGAUAAGUGGAUUAUGAAUGCAUCAAAUGAUCAUCAACAUCAUGAAAGCCAAGGACAAGGAGGAGGACUGGAAUUAGGUACUAAUCAAGUACUCACAGCUCAAAACUUCUUCCCAAUAGGCCUGAAUCAAUCUUCUUUCCCUACUUUGUUAAACAACAAUAAUCCCACAUUUCCAUUCAAUCCAUUUUACCAUUGGGAACCAGCAGCUUCUUCAAACCUGUCUUUAUCUCACCAAAUAGGAAGCCAUUCAAAUGAUCAUGUUCCAAUGCAAACAGAUGACUCCAACAACAGUACAACUAAUAAUAGUAACUCCAUGACUUUGGCUUCUUCUUCUUCAAUAGCUGCUGCUGGUACUUCUCAUCAUCAUCAUCAACUCUAUUUACCAACCAUCAAUCUUCCUACAUUACCUACAUACAUGGCGGCAACUGCUGCUGCGCCGGCGGUAGAGCUUAAUGAUCCAAGACAAGUUAACCACUUCCAAUUCUUGGCUGGCUCAACCCAACCAAAUUCUCACCUCAACUUGCCAACACUCCAUCUCAUCAGUUCUCCUUUAAAAUCCCUCAGCUUGAAUGUUAAUCACUCCCAAGAGAACAACAACAAUGAUGACCAUCCCAACAAAGGACGACGAAACAGCUGAAAUAUGGUGCAUUCUCUUCUUUUUUUUGGAAGAUAAAAACCAUGCAUGUGAUCAAUCGUCAGCUCAGACUUUGGAAGAAUUAAGGUUUGCUUUCGUUUCUUCAACACAUAUGAGAUAUUUUGAAAGGGUACUUUCCAAGGUUCCAAAGGUAUGCCAAAGAUUUAUAUAUAGAGGAUGGAUUGAAUAGAUUAUAGUAUGUAUAUGACCCACAAAGACAUUUCUACAUAUAUAUAUGUUGUAUGUUUCAUAGGAUUCAUCAUAUAUACAUAUAUUGUGCUACAAAGUGUCAUUCAUAUAGCUCUAAGAGAAAAGGGGGUUAUUCACUGGCAAGGCUGACUCCUUUUUGUUUUUAAUCUUACCAUAUAUUCCGACAGCAUUCAGCAUUGUCUUUUUAAAAAAAAAAAAAAAUAGGAGAAGAAAAAUGUUUUCUUGAGAAGAAUUUCCAAAUCCUUGAAAAGAGCAAAGGAUGAAACAUGUUAAUUUUGAGUCUCUACAUAAAUGAAGGGCAGUUAUCUUACCAACGUUUGUUAAGAGCUGUGAUUGAUCAUUACACACUUAAAACGGUUGUUUUAGUAACUUUAUUAAUAACCUGAUGAAGAUAACAUUUGUAGAGUUAUGUAAUUGAUUCCUCUAUGUAUAAUAUUAGAAAUCAACAAGUAUCUGUUGGAAGUGUGAAGAAGC